UCCCUCCCCUUCUCACACACGGAAGCCCAGCUCCCCGGGACCAGGAUGUGGGACGCCUGGGUCCCGGGCCUCGAGUCUGCUCUGCUGUUCAGCCUGCUGGCCUGCCUCCAAAGAGUGAGCGCCUGGGAGAUUGGGCCCCAGUUCAGAUGUGGUGGCUUAAGGUGCCCCAGUGGAUUCAGAUGUUGCAGUGAAGGCUGCUGCAUGGAGAACGAGUUCUUUUCCGGCCCCUUGAGGAUCUUUGUCAUCAUCUUCGUGGUCAUCCUGCCCCUUCUAUGCAUCUGCGGCCUGGCUAAGCGCUUCUGCCGCAAGUGCAGAGAGCCAGAGCUGGAUGCUGCCAUGCCUCACCAGGGGCCCCAAGAUCCUCCCUCCAUUGCUCCCCCAGAGAGGGUCUGGGUCUCCACCAAUGAGCCUCCACCACCCUACAGCGAGGUUAUUCUGAAGCCCACCUUGGGCCUGCCGACAGAGCCCCCCCCUCCCUACAGCCUAAGGCCUGAAGACGAUGCCGGCCUGCAGAGGGGCAUUGACAACCCCGCUUUCUGAGCCUCCUCAUUUCUGGUGCCUCUCUGGUGCAAGCAGAGACUUCUGGGACUCCCCAGAUGUGCCCGCCCAUGCUGCCACAACUCUGGUCCAUCGGGGAUUUCACUU